CGGCUUCAAUCUUCGAGCCAAAAAACCACAUGCGUAGUGUCUGAUUUUUUCUCUCUCAAAAGCUUCUUCUUCUCUCUCUCUCUCUCUCUCUCUCUGUGUCACUGUAUUUUCUUCUUUUGGUUUCAUACACAAUUCAUGACCAAAAGCCACUCUCAUCAUCUGAUUUUCACAAUACCCACAUGGAUUCACUGAAACCCAGUUCAGCUCCAACCAAGAACAAGUUAGCCAAAACCUUCCACAAAGUCAUUCACCUCAGAAAAGCCUCAAAAUCCCUUUCAAGCACUGGGUUUUGCUUGCUCAUACCUCAGGACCCCAAACUCAAAAACAAUUCACAACGUUUCGACAAAGACAACAAUAACGAUGAAGCAAGGUCUCGAAACAGAGCUGCCAUGGAAGCUUUUGCUGCGAAGCUCUUCGCCACCAUUUCAGCUGUCAAAGCUGCUUACGCGGAGCUACAAAUGGCUCAGUUUCCUUACAACUGCGAAGCGAUUCAGUCUGCUGAUGAAGCUGUGGUGUACGAAUUGAAAUCUUUGUCUGAGUUGAAACAGAGCUUCUUGAAGAAACAGCUCGAUUCUUCGCCCCCUCAUGUGACUAUGUUGCUUGCGGAGAUUCAAGAGCAACAGAGUCUCAUGAAGAUGUUCGACAUUACGAUGAACAAAAUGAGGUCCGAAUUAGAUACCAAAGAAAGCGAAAUUUCUGCUCUUCACAACGAACUCAACGAUGCUAUUGCUGAUAACAAGUUUCUCGAAAAGAGACUGGAUUCGAGUGGACAGUUUUCGAUAAUUGAAAGUGUGAAACUGUCCGAUGCAAAUCCCAGUAGUUUUAAUGGAGUUUUGCAUUACGCAGUUCGAUCUGUUCGGAGUUUUGUAAAGCUGAUGAUUCGGGAAAUGGAGUCUUCGAAUUGGGAUAUUGACUCUGCUGCUAGUGCUAUUGAGCCUGAAUUGGUUUUCCCAAAGCCAAAUCACAGGUGUUUCGCUUUCGAAUCGUUUGUUUGUAGAGAAAUAUUUGAUGGUUUCAAUUCUCCCAACUUUUUGCUUCCAAAUGACUCAAAAUCAAGCGAUGAACAAGGCAGAUUCGUGUUUCUCGAUCGGUUUAAGAAGUUGAAGUCAGUGAACCCAAUUCAAUUUCUGAAGAACGACCCAAAUUCAGCAUUUGGGAAGUUCGUAAGGACCAAGUACCUCCGUUUGGUUCACCCGAAAAUGGAGACCUCAUUUUCCGGGAAUCUGAGCCAGAGAAAGAUGAUCAAUUCCGGGGAGUUCCCGGAAACUGGAUUCUUCGCAGCGUUUGCAGAGAUGGCAAAGCGAGUUUGGCUUUUGCAUUGCUUCGCUUUCUCGUUUGAUCAAGAAGUGAACAUCUUUCAGGUGGGAAAGAACUGCAGAUUCUCGGAGGUGUACAUGGAUAGUGUCACAGACGAUGCAUUAUUCACCGCGGCCGAGUGCGGCGGCGUUGACGGUGGUUUUCGGGUGGCGUUUACGGUGGUUCCGGGGUUUAAGAUCGGCAAAACGGUGAUACAGAGUCAGGUAUACCUUUUCCCGGCAAGUACUCCGGCGAAGCGUUGAUGCUUUUGUGGGUUCUACACUGUAAAAAAGGUCAUACCAUCCCCACGCGCUUUAUCUACGCUCCGCCGUAAAAUGGUGGAGCUAAGUAGAUUGUCAGAUCGGGUUAGCACUCAUAUGCACUCGAGAUGAUAACAUGUAGGCCAUUCGAUCAACCCUGUACCUCCGCUAAAGUGUUGAUCCAACGGUGUACAUGAAAUAAGAGGGAUCCCAAAUUACAUUAUUGGAGAGGGUUAUGGCGCGUGUGGUGGCGCGUGGGUUAGUAUAUAUAAAUAUUAUAUAUUGUUGUAUUUUGUCUUUAUCAUUACACAGUCAGUCAGUUUGGAACAGAGGUUUGUCAAGAAAUGUGGCGCGUGGGACCCAUAGGGGACAGUGGGUUCAGAGAGGGGUAUGAACUGGAUUUUGGAGCCUAGUUGUAGUGAGAGAGAGAAAGGAGAGAGAAAGUGAGGCGGUGGUGUGGGGGUACCUUGUUUGGUUUGAGGUGAAAAAGGGGAGGGAAAUGUGGACCCUUUUCUUUUUUGCAUUUUGUAUGGUCUCUCCAAAAGGAGGGUUAAGUUUGUUGGUUGGUAUGAAAUUAGUAUAAAUAAUAAAGUUAUAUAUGAAUGGUAUCCUUAAAUUUUAUAUGUACUUUGUUUUAGUUUUUGUAUGUUCUUGAAAGUGCAUUGUAUGUUAGUUGGAAAAUCGCUUGAGGAU